CCCCUCUUUUGUCCGCCCCAUGCAUGCCGUCACGGCGACGUGCGGCCUAACGAACCGCGGCUCCUCGCGCGCCUUGACAAAGCGAAAGCUCGAUCGAUUAAGAAAAUCGAUCGCACUUGGCAUGCAACAGUGGACUUCUCUAGCUAUAAAUACGCGCCAGAUCCUCUCUUCCCCUCACCCAUUCGGACCCAUCCGAAAGCACCUGCCCAUCAGCUUUCCUUCUGCUAGCUUUGUCUCGGUUAUCUUCUGCUCUUCUGCUCUGCUCUUGGACUAAUGGCCCAUGGGAAGAGGUCUAGGCAGCAGGCCGAGUCGACCUCGGUCAGCCUGCUGGACCUGGACAGCGGCGACAUGGCGCGCAUCCUGCUGCUCUUCUCCGGCCACCACCAGCACCACGCCCACUACGGGCCUUCGUCGCCGGAGAGGGUGUUCGAGUGCAAGACCUGCAACCGGCGCUUCCCGUCCUUCCAGGCGCUCGGCGGGCACCGCGCCAGCCACAAGAAGCCGCGCCUGGCGGACGGCGCCGGCGCCGAGCCGCCCAAGCCCAAGGUGCACGGCUGCUCCAUCUGCGGGCUCGAGUUCGCCGUCGGCCAGGCGCUCGGCGGCCACAUGCGCCGCCACCGCGCCGUCGCGGCGGCAGGGGCCGGUGUCGGGCUUGGCCUCAGCCUCGGCCUCGGCAUCGGGCCGAACGAGGGCGGCAACAAGAAGGCCGCGACGGCCGAGCUGGCGCUCGACCUGAACGAGCCGGCACUGGAGGAGGAGCCAGCCGAUCGCGCCAUGCUUGGGCUCGCCAUGGAAUUCCCCGUGGUGGUUGACUUUCGACGUUAGGUUGAACUGAAGAAAUUUGCGUCUGAACCAUACAAAUUUUUGUAGAUCAAUACGUAUUUGGAAUUUUGGAUUGCGCUGCUAGAGAAGUCAACGACCCUUGGAACAUUAGAAAUGCUGGCUCGCGUAUAUACUUU